AUGGUUCUUGUUUUAGUAUGUUCUUGUAUAGAUCAAAGGACAUCUACGUCGGCGCAACCAACCUAUUCGAAAAGUAUCCAGUUAAGUAUUUACACUGUUGCAUUCAUUUAUAUGCACCUUGACCUUGAUUCGAUUCAAGUGGCAGGCCUCGAUGAAAGGAGUACACAGAUAAGAAAGCCAACGGCUCCACGGCCUUGGUGUCGUUCACCCGGCAUCAUUAUGCAUGAGGACGAUUGCACAUGUUAG